AGUCGGCUCUAUUUCAAGCCCAAUCCCACGUCCUGCGUCAUUGCAGUGAGUACCACCCCGCAGCACUUGUCGCGCCCGCUUAUAGUCCCCUUGGCCGUGGUUCUCGAGUGCUACGAGCCCGGCCCUUCCGCCUGGUUGACUUGCACGAUACAUUUGCUUACUACACAAACAAAGCCGAAGAUUGACCCCGCCGUUGCCUGUGCCUGCUGCCAUGUGUUGCUUGAAUUACUGAUUCCUGGAUGAGCCCUGACAGCACUGCAACCCUCGAUCGCACCCACUACUCGCACCACCCCCUCGCUGCUGCCGCUGCCGCUGCCGCUGUCGCAUAACCCGCCACCAUGACGACUACCUUCAAGAGCAUGCUGCACCCCAUGCAGCACCACCGGGACAAGAAGGAGGCCUCCUCGCCGUCGCAUUCUGGCCCGCUACACGACCGCACCGAUUCCGCCAUGGACAGGCCGCGCGAGGAAGAGAAGCAGCAUCUGGCGCAAUGGGAGGCGCAAAAGCACACACUCAGCCCCGACGAGAUUGACAUCGAUCCGGAAAAGAAGCCUGUUGGCCACUCCUCCAAGGUUCUGCGCCAGGAAGACUUUGAGCUGAUUAAGACACUGGGCACGGGUACAUUUGCGCGCGUGUGGCUGGUGCGAUUGAAGGACGCAAAGGCGGGCGACGAGAACAAAGUCUUUGCCUUGAAGAUCCUGCGCAAAGUCGAUGUCAUCCGUCUCAAGCAAGUUGAGCAUGUUCGGAACGAGCGCAAUGUCCUUGCCAAGGUUGCCGGCCACCCUUUCAUAACUACCAUGGUCGCAAGCUUCCAAUCGCUCGACUCUCUCUACAUGGUGCUUGACUACUGCCCCGGCGGCGAAGUCUUCAGCUAUCUGCGGAGAGCACGGCGAUUUAACGAGCCCACCUCACAGUUCUACGCUGCUGAGAUUGUCCUAAUAUUAGAGUUCCUCCAUGAGAGGGAAGGCGUUGCAUAUCGCGACCUGAAACCCGAAAAUAUACUCAUAGACGCCGAAGGCCACCUCAAGCUAGUGGACUUUGGGUUUGCUAAGAAAGUAGAAAAUAGAGAGACCUACACACUCUGCGGCACACCCGAGUAUCUGGCACCCGAGGUCAUUCGGAACACAGGUCACGGUACAGCAGUCGAUUGGUGGGCAUUUGGUAUCCUUGUGUACGAGUUCCUCGUAGGACAACCGCCUUUCUGGGACCAAAACCCAAUGAAGAUCUACGAGCAGAUCGUGGAAGGUCGUGUGCGCUUCCCUUCUGCCAUGUCCCCCACUGCGCGCGACCUCAUCUCUGGCCUCUGCACAGUCGACACAUCCAAGCGAUUGGGUAACGUUGCAGGCGGUGCUCAACGUGUAAAACAACACGAGUGGUUUAAGAACAUUGACUGGGUGAAACUGUACAACCGCGAAGUCCAAGGACCUAUUGUGCCACACCUAAGGGGACCCGCCGAUACACGCAACUUUGAUGAAUACGAACCCGAGUCGGAGAAGAGAGACCCAUAUACCAAGGAGUUGAGCGACAAGUGGGAGGAGAGCUUCAAGGAUUUCUAGGCCUCGCAAGAAGAGACUAGAAGAUAGCAGAUAGUCUUGGAUAUGACAUGAAGAGCGAAAUCAAGACAAAGGGAGGACGUUGGAUAUGUGGCAUGGAGUCCACAACGAAGCCUUGUAGAUCAAAGGGGAAAGGGGCCUCAUGCUUGAUACGGGUUGUUUUUCUUGCUAUGACGAGUACCCCCAUUGAUACGCACGCUAUACGUGCUGCGUGGAUACUAUUGUUACGUUUCGACACGAAGCGCAAACAAAUCAUAUGGAAUGUGAAAGCAUCCUGGAUAUGAGUGUCCCAUGAUCAUUCCCAUUGUCAUCGUCUACGUUCAACCACCCGAGACUUGUUAUUGUUGAUGUAAAAAUGUAUAUCCAGUAGUGUAGUCUGGACAAUGCCAUCAA